AAGUAAGCAAGCAAAUAACGUCACGCGUACGUUUCCUGGAGUCUGGAGUCUAAUCUUUGCAGUUGGUGUAGGAUCAAGCGGGUUUGUGUAAUCGAGUCUUUUGAUCGGUGAGUUAAAAUUCGUCGAAAAUGGUUUCGAGGACGACGUCGAGGCGGAUUCCCGAAGUGGAGCCGCGUAUAGAUUACGUGCAAUGCGACGGACUCGUGGUGAUGAAGAUGGUAAAGCAUUGCCACGAGGAGUCCUCCGGCAACAUGGAGGUCGCCCAGGGCGCUCUACUUGGCCUGGUGGUACAAAACCGCUUGGAGAUCACCAACUGCUUCCCGUUUCCCAAAAACGACGAGAUCAUGGACGAGGAGGAGUAUCAGCUCGCGAUGAUGCGAAGAUUGAGAUGGGUAAAUGUCGACCACUUCCACGUCGGUUGGUAUCAGAGUGCAGACGUUGGCAACUUUUUGAAUCUGUCUCUGCUGGAAUCGCAGUAUCACUAUCAGACUUCCAUCGAAGAGUCAGUUGUGCUUAUUUAUGAUACAGCAAAGUCUGCCAGAGGUUUUUUGACCCUCAAGGCGUAUCGGCUCACUCCGCAAGCGAUACAAAUGUAUAAGGAGAAUGAGUUUACCCCGGAAGCUCUGCGUACUUUGAAGAUUGGAUAUGAGAGUCUCUUUGUCGAGAUCCCAGUAGUUAUAAAGAACAGUAACUUGACGAACAUUAUGAUGUCAGAGUUGGAUGAAAUGAUUCCCGAGGAGCAAGGCACAAAGUAUUUAGAUCUUGGUACAGCUACAGUUUUGGAGAAUCAGUUGAGAUGUCUGAUGGAUCGAGUCGAUGAACUGAAUCAAGAAGCUAUGAAGUUUAACAGAUAUCAACAAUUGGUAGUUCGGCAACAACAGGAUAAGAAUAGGCUUCUGGCUAAGAGGGCUCAGGAGAAUGCAGCUAGAGCUGCAAAGGACGAACCUCCGCUACCCGAUGACGAUAUUAACAAACUAAUGAGGCCUCUACCAGUUCCACCAAGAUUAAAUCCAAUGAUUGUUGCUGGACAAAUUAAUACAUAUAGUGAACACAUCUCGCAAUUCUGUUCUCAAAGUUUAGCAAAAUUGUACAUCACUCAAAGUUUACAAAACGCAAAGGAGGCAAAGUCUUCCCACUAAAAAAUUAACAUAUUGUGAAUGUUUAUAUUUAAAAUAUUGGAAGAGAGGUGAUUGCAGAGAAUUAAAUGGAAAGAAUGUAUGAUUUUCCAAA